CACAGUUUUGAAGCCUCAACACCAGACAGUGAAUUACUGUCCUUGAUCACGGCGAAUCUCCCUAUCGACGGCUGUUAGGGAACCAAAUCAUGGCUGGUAAGGGAAUUGGGUGCUUGGCUGAGGCCAUGGGCGCGCUGCGGGUGUCUGCCAAGCCGGCGACACUCAACAAGGCCUUUACAAGGUCAAUGGCUACAGAAGUCUCGCCAAAGAAUACUGCAGAGACAAAAUCUCCGAAUACAACCCAAGGCAUUCUCGAAUCAUGGAAGCCCAUCACAACCGUUCCCGUCACAGUCCACGCUUUUCCCUCGCUGGAACCGACUUCUCUCGAACGAUGGGACGUCAACCAUCUCUAUCUCCCUCUCCGCCGCGAUCUCCUCCAUCUCGCCGUCGUCUACGAAGGUGACAACACCCGCCAAGGAACCGCCUCCUCCAAAACCCGUUACGACGUUCACGGCUCCCACCGAAAGAUGCGUCCUCAAAAGGGAACCGGCCGAGCUCGUAUGGGAACCAAGCAAAGUCCCAUAAACCGCGGUGGUGGAAAGGUGUUUGGUCCUCAUCCCCGCGACUUUGGCACCAGCCUCACCAGAAAGGUGUACGACAAGGCAUGGCGCACAGCUCUGAGCUACCGUUACCGAAAAGGCGAUCUGAUUGUGUGCGAGGACGGCAUGGAUCUUGUGUUGCCGACUGAUUACGAGCUGGUUGCUGGAAAGUAUCUCAAGGAUGGACUGAAGGAGGCCUAUCUCAAGCGAUACAUGACUGGAGUGCUGGGAAAUCUCGGUCUAGGCCGUGCUAGCGGUCGAACUCUUUUCGUCACUGGAAACCGACGUGAAGCUCUUUUCGGCGCCAUGGAGCAGCUUCCUUGGGAGGGUCGAGCACUAGACUUGCAGGAUGUUGAUGUCAAGGACCUUUUGGAGACGGGCAAGGUGGUACUGGAGCGCAGCGUGCUCAAGGAGAUGAUCAAGAAGCACCAGAGCGACUUGGUGAGCAGAGUUGUUAUGCAAGGCCUGGUCAAGGGGGGCCCAAAGUUAGGGACGCCUGUGAUUAGGGCAUGAGCGUGUAAACUACCUGUAUUAUUUUGUACACAACCGCAUGCAGCCAGUAAAUUCCGUGAAAGGCCAAUCGUCAAGUUAUAUCGUUGCUUGGGUAUCGUUAGAUUGGUAUCUAUGAGUACACUAUUAUACAUGACAGUAUUACAAUGCUCCGCCGACAAGCGAAACAAUCCACAUGGCAACUCUGACUUUGAGUCCAACUCUUCGCUCAG